GUCGUCGGAGCAGCGGCGCGAGAGUAAUUAUAAUUGUACGACGAGACGACGACGCGCUUGAGGCGACCACGUGUUUUUUUUGCUGUCCCUUGAUUUCUGCUCAUCUGUAAAAAAAAAAAUAAAAAUAAAAAAUCUAGUUAUCGAACGAAUCUUAAUUCGUCAUAGUUGUCAUAUUUUCGCGCAUCGUCUCCUUAUUCGAUAAGCGAUCGGCCGCGCGUGUCUCAUUAUUGACAACAGCUUAGGCAACAAAAAAGAAACGAAAAAGGUCCAGAGUAAGAUGAAGUAUAUCCUGGUGACGGGUGGUGUGAUAAGCGGCAUCGGCAAGGGUGUGAUCGCCAGCAGCUUCGGCACCAUCCUCAAGUCGUGCGGCAUAUCCGUCACCUCGAUCAAGAUCGACCCUUACAUCAACAUUGACGCCGGCACCUUCUCGCCCUACGAGCACGGCGAGGUCUACGUGCUGGACGACGGCGGCGAGGUCGACCUUGACCUUGGCAACUACGAGAGGUUCCUCGACAUUGUCCUCCACAAGGACAACAACAUCACCACAGGCAAAAUAUAUGAGCAUGUGAUAAAAAAGGAAAGGAAAGGCGAUUACCUUGGAAAGACAGUUCAAGUUGUGCCACAUAUAACAGAUGCUAUCCAGGAAUGGGUUGAAAAAGUAUCAAAGCAACCAGUGAAUCGAGAUGGAAAAUUACCAGAAGUCUGUAUAAUUGAACUUGGUGGUACUAUAGGUGACAUCGAGGGUAUGCCAUUUGUGGAAGCUUUUAGGCAAUUCCAGUUUAGAGUUAAAAAGGAAAACUUUUGCUGUGCCCACGUUUCACUGGUGCCAUCACCAAAAUCAACAGGAGAACCAAAAACGAAACCAACGCAAUCAAGUGUCAGGGAACUUCGUGGACUUGGUCUUUCUCCAGACUUAAUUAUUUGUAGAUCAGAAAAACCCAUUGGGAAUAACAUAAAAGAUAAAAUUUCAAACUUCUGUCACGUUGCUCCUGACCAAGUAAUUACAAUUCAUGAUCUCUCAUCGAUUUAUAGAGUUCCUUUAUUAAUGCAAGAGCAAGGUAUUGUACAGUACUUGAAUGAAAGACUCCAGUUAAGCGUAAGAAUGCCACUUCCAAUUGAUUUUAUGAAUACCUGGGGAAAUCUCGCAGAACGCAUCGAUCAUUUGCGUAAACCUGUGAAUAUUGCAUUAGUUGGUAAAUAUACAAAGCUAGAAGAUGCAUACGCUUCAGUAAUCAAGUCACUGCAACACGCAUCCAUCAAAGUAGGGUACAAAUUAAAGUUAACACUCAUCGAUGCUGCAUAUUUGGAGUCAGAAUCAAAAGAAACUGAUCCCGUAGCCUACCACCAAGCGUGGCAGAAUCUGUGUAGCAGCGAUGGUGUUAUAGUACCAGGAGGAUUUGGACAGAGAGGAAUCACUGGCAAGAUAGAGGCUUGCAAGUGGUGCAGAGAACACAAUAAGCCUUUGCUGGGCAUUUGUUUGGGUCUGCAAACCAUAGUAAUUGAGUAUGCUAGAAAUGUGCUUCAUCUCAAAGAUGCCAACAGCACGGAAAUAGAUCCAGAUACCAAGAAUCCCGUAGUUAUAGAUAUGCCCGAGCACAAUCAGGGUAACAUGGGUGGCACAAUGAGAUUGGGUCAGAGAGCCACGCGAUUUGUUACCACAGUUUCGACGUUACGGCAGCUCUAUGGUAAUCCAGAAAUCAUUCAAGAAAGACAUAGACAUCGCUACGAGGUCAAUCCAAAGUACGUUGAAGUGCUGGAAGCUUCAGGUUUGAAGUUCGUUGGUCAUGACGAGGAAAACGUACGGAUGGAAAUUGUCGAGCUGGAAGGCCAUGAAUACUAUAUAGCAACACAAUUUCAUCCCGAGUACUUGUCGAGGCCACUCAAGCCCUCGCCACCGUUUUUAGGUUUAAUAUUAGCUAGCACAGGAAAAUUAAAAUCAUACUUAGAAAGAGGUUGCAGGCUUACACCUACACAGUUUAGCGACAACGAUUCCGAUGAGGGAUCUUCCACUGAAUUUUAUUUACAAAAUAAUCUUUCGGAAGAUCUGCUUAAGGCAACCGUAAUUUAAAGACAAAGCAAUAUACUUACGUAUAGGAAAGAAAGAAUCAUUUUAUAUGACUAUUAUUUUUUACUUUUUCAUAAUCUGUCAUUGUUAAACUCUUUCUAACAAAUUUUUUACUUUUUAUUUUGUU